GCCAAGAAAAAGCAUUCUGGAAAAGUUGAGAAAAUUAGUUCGAUUAAAUCAUCUUCAAUUUCCAAAGGAACCAAUUGACGAGACUAGUUAUGUGUUUGACAUAAAGCUUCAUAAACCAAAGAAUACAAAUGACCUCCAAGAACAAAGGUUAAGAGCAAUGACGUUUGUGAUCAAGACCUUUUUCUUAAAUUUUUAUAGUGGGACUUUGGAACUAUUCCAAGGAGUACAACUAUUUAUUCCUGGAUACACACCUGUAAUUCCUGCUGGACUCAUUAUCAAUCCUGAAGCGAGCUUUGAUAUUGAUCUUUAUGAAAUCCAACAAGAGGUCCUGGAAUCGCAAAACGAUUAA